GACAAACGUACGAAAAUUCAUGAACAAAGAAAGAGCCCACGCCAUAUCUCUCUAUGCAAGAAGCUGGAAGAACUUUCCACCGCUAAAAAAUGCUGCCAUUGUUAGGCAAAACCAAGACCAUGAUAUUGACGUACUCUUCUUCUUUCACCACCCGUUUACUCGCACUCCAUUCAACUUCCACUUCCACUUCUACUCGAUCCACAUCUUCUCCCCUUCUUCAUCGAUCUCCUCAGGGUUUUUUUGGUUCGAUUUUGAGGUACAAGUUGCGGGGUUAUUGCUCUUCUAGAGUGAAUAGAGGAGAAUUGAUGGCUAACAACAUUAAAGUAGUUCAAAAUCCCGAUUCAAUUUCUUAUUUGAAUCAACGAGAAGCUGCUGAAGUUGAUGAGAUUCUUAUGGGUCCUCUUGGAUUUAGCGUCGACCAGCUCAUGGAAUUGGCUGGUUUGAGCGUUGCUACAGCAAUUGCCGAGGUAUACAAUUUGAAGGAUUACAAUCGUGUAUUGACAAUAUGUGGCCCAGGGAACAAUGGUGGGGAUGGUCUUGUAGUUGCUCGCCAUUUGUAUCACUUUGGAUAUAAACCGUUUGUUUGUUAUCCAAAACGAACUGCAAAGCUUCUUUAUACAGGUCUGGUGACUCAGCUAGAAUCAUUGGGUAUUCCUUUCCUAUCAGUGGAUGAUCUUCCUAUGAACUUAUCAGAGGACUUCAACAUUCUAGUCGAUGCCAUGUUUGGCUUUUCAUUCCAUGGCACACCAAGGGCACCAUUUGAUGAUCUGAUUCAACGGUUGGUGAAUCUACAAAAUUACAAUGAAAUAAAUAAAAAACCAUCUGUGAUUGCCUCUAUAGACAUCCCAUCUGGAUGGCAUGUGGAAGAAGGGGAUACAAAUGGUGAUGGAAUCAAACCUGACAUGUUGGUUUCUUUAACUGCCCCUAAGCUGUGUGCGAAGAAGUUUUGUGGUUCCCAUCAUUUCUUAGGUGGGAGGUUUGUUCCACCUUCCAUUGUUGACAAAUUUAACCUUCAUCUUCCAUCAUAUCCUGGAAGUUGUAUAGAAGAGGAGGUGGACCCCGACCCUUUUCUUCAGUUCCAGAAGUGGUUUGAUGAUGUAAUGGCAGCUGGUUUGAAGGAACCUAAUGCAAUGGCAUUGUGCACUGCUGGCAAAGAUGGCAAACCUUCAUCACGAAUGGUGUUGCUGAAAGGAUUUGAUAAAGACGGUUUUGUAUGGUACACGAAUUAUGGAAGCCGAAAAGCCAAGGAUUUAUCUGAGAAUGCUAAUGCAUCACUUCUAUUCUAUUGGGAUGGAUUGAAUCGCCAGGUGCGAAUAGAAGGUUCUGUGCAGAAGGUUUCUGAAGAAGAAUCUGAACAUUACUUCCAUAGUCGGCCUAGAGGAAGUCAGAUUGGUGCAAUAGCCAGCAAACAGAGCACUGUAAUUCCAGGACGCGAUUUUCUCCAUCAAGAGUAUAAAGAUUUGGAAGCAAAGUUCUCUGAUGGAGCUUUAAUCCCAAAACCAAAAUAUUGGGGUGGGUACAGGCUUAAACCUGAGUUUUUUGAGUUUUGGCAAGGACAGACAUCCAGGCUGCAUGAUAGGUUAUGUUAUUUUCCUGAAGAAGUGGAUGGCACAAGUGUAUGGAAAAUCAGACGUUUGGCUCCCUGACUAUCAUUCCCUUCAUCAUCAUUAUAAAAUACCAAAAUUCUAAUGAUACCUCUGAAGAAAGUGAAGGUAUUUAUUGGUCUCUUGAAAACCCAAUUAAUAUAAGGUCAGGGUUGUAAUCAUAUCUGACAUGUCUGUUUGUUUGUUUUUAUCCAUAUUCGGAAUGACUGAUGGUAAAAAUUGGUUCAUUCUAUGCAACAAAUUGUUUAUUACUCAUGUAUCUUAAAAUCAUUUUUGUUAAAAAAUAAAAUAAACGUGUUAGAAUAAAUUAUACAAAGAAAGAUCCCUAGAAGGUGGUAGCGGGAUACUUUUGGAUGAGCUGUCAUUUAAAAUAGCUUUGUGAUUUAAAUAAAUUUAAACUAGUUUUAUACCUUUUGGAUAAUACUAUUGAAAUUAUGUUUGUCAUUUUAUGAUGGUCAUUUCAUUUCGUUUCGUGUAAUUGGAAUAUACAAGGGAUUGAAACUAUGAUUUUACACAAGUUAGUGGUACUUAUGGGAGUUCAAGCAUUUCAU